UCGUAUUAUUUUCGACAUACUUUAGCGAUACGUUGUUUCCUUCGUUGUUAAAAUUCCAUUAAUGCGCAUACUUAUUGACAAAACUGAACGGUUUGCCGGGAUAAAAGACGAGGUUAUCCAUGAAUCAUUUGUUAUCGGAAUGAUUACAGACGUUCUAACGUGCAUUUACAAGAAACGGUUGUGUAACUAAAGUAUAUGUUGAUCUGCAACGGCAGUACAUGUAUCGAAGUAUGUACUAACUUUGACAACGAAGUGUAGAAUCAACGAUCCAGAUUCGAGAAAAAAUAAAUAUUUGAACGAUUCGUCGAUGAAUUAUUAUUUCGCGCGACACAGGGUUGAAAACUAACAAUCGAGGAAGGAAUUGAACGACGUAUUCAAGUGUACGGGCGCAGUCUUCGAGCGGUGGCGUUUCAGAGUAGAGCAGAAAGAGAGAAAUUAAUGGACUUACGAUAUAACGUGCACAACUGAUUGUAGGAAUUCAGACGAUGAAUAUAUUAAAGAAUAUCACGUCGGCUUUUUGGUCGACUGAUGUUUGGUUACCGCCUAACAUAACAUGGGACGAUAUCAAACCAAAUUCAGAAAACAAAUACGCAGACUAUCAUCAUUUAAUUUAUCCUUUACCUAUGGCACUUAUUCUUUUGAUAAUCAGAUACGCCUUUGAGAGGUAUUGUUUUACACCAUUUGGAAGGUCUCUCGGUAUAAAAAAUACAAGAACAAAAAAAGCACCUCAAAAUGAUAUAUUAGAAAAAGCCUAUGUUAGUAGAAAAAUUAAGCAUAAACAGCUGUUAGGAUUGGCUAAACAAUUAGAUUGGUCAGAACGACAAGUAGAAAGAUGGUUGCGAUUGAGACGUACUCAAGACAAGCCAUCUACGCUUACAAAGUUCUGUGAAAACAGUUGGAGGUGUUUGUAUUAUACAUACUCGUUUCUUUAUGGCCUUAUUAUAUUGUGGAGUAAGCCAUGGUUGUGGGAUAUAAAUUAUUGUUAUUAUGAUUAUCCGUAUCAUCCAGUUUCGGACGAUGUAUGGUGGUACUAUAUGAUAUCUAUGGCAUUUUAUUGGUCCUUAAGUUUCUCCCAAUUUUUUGAUGUCAAAAGAAAAGAUUUUUGGCAAAUGUUUAUCCAUCAUAUUGCCACUAUUGUUCUAAUGUGUUUUUCAUGGGUUGGAAAUUUAACCAGAAUUGGUACAUUGGUACUAUUAGUGCAUGAUUCAGCAGACAUAUUUCUGGAAGCUGCAAAGAUGGCUAAGUAUGCUAAUUAUCAAAAAUUAUGUGAUUGUAUAUUUGUUAUUUUCACAAUACUAUGGAUUAUUACGCGUAUCGGAGUUUAUCCAUUUUGGAUAAUUUAUAGUACAUCGGUAAAAGCACCUAAGAUAGUACCAAUGUUCCCAGCAUAUUAUAUUUUCAAUUCUCUAUUAAUUUUAUUACUACUUCUUCAUAUGAUUUGGACGUAUUUAAUCCUUAAAAUUGCAUAUAAUGCUUUUUAUGCUGGUCAAAUGGAAGGGGACAUUCGUAGUAGUAGUAGCGAAGAUGUUUCGGACACCUGCGUGGAUAGUACUUCUUUAAACAAUACUACAAAUUACAUUACCAAACAAAAUUCAAGACAAAAAGUUCACUAACAAAUAACUUUCUAAAAUAGUUAUGGUAACAGUAAUAAGGCAAGAAUCCAAAUAUUUAGCCAGGCGCUAAUUUAUUUCAGCAAAUCUAUCGAAGUCUUGCAUUUAUCGUAGAAUGGUAAUUUAAAACUACAACUUUCAUAAAGUUAUAAACAGGUGAUGAACCUUUGAAAUAUUUACUUUCUUUAUCGUUACUAAUAUUUUCUGAAUCAAUUUAGCGCUUUUAUACAAUAUAUGAGAGGCAAACACUUCUUGCAUACAUCAACUGUUCAUUCAUUACUCUUAGUAUUAUUAAGUACGAAAAAACGAACAUUAAAAACUACGAAUUACUCUUCUUAUUAAUUGUAUCAUUUAUUUAUAUGUAUUUUAUUUAAAAAUUUAAGAAGUACAGUAGUGCCCACAUAAGUGACCACGUUCGGGACCGGAAGAGGAUAAAUGCGAGUGAGAUACAAUAGUUGCCACCCGAAACCAUACAAUGUAUCGAUAAUGGCCGGCAUCAAGUUACGCUCGUCACGCUCGAUAUUCGAAGCUGCUUGGCUUCUAAGAAUUGGUGGGGAUAACCGCGGUCAUUUAAGUGGGCAAAAAUGCGGUCAGUUAUCUGGGCACUACUGUACAUGUUUUUUACGAAUAGUCAAAUUAUUUAAUUAAACAAGUGAUGGACCAAAGCUGGAAAAUAUUUAAUAUCUGUACUUUUUCAGUCUUAUCAAGGCUUAGUAAUUGAUUAUGCAUAAAGGCGAUUAUUUAUUCACUUAUAUUUUAUAAAUGUCAAACGGUGUCUUAAAACUUGUGAAUAAGAAUACUAAUUAUAUUUCGAAUGAGUUGAAUUGUUUAAAAUUAAUUGUCCCUAUUAUACA